CACCUGCGCGGAGCGGGGCCGGGCGAGGCGCGGCGGCGGCGGCGGCACCAUGAGGGUUAACUUGGGCGCGCUCUCCCUCUUCGUGGCCCUGGUGGGACUUUCGAGCUUCAUCUUCCUCGUGGUGGCCAUCGCCACCGACUUCUGGUACAUCAUCGAUGCCUCCAAGCUGGAGGCGUCCCGGAACGGCACGGACGCGCUCAGCUCGCACUCGGGGCUCUGGCGGACCUGCCGCGUGAGGAGUGAAUGCUACCCUUUGAUAAACCCCUUCUGGCAAGAGAAUGCGAACAUCACCGAAUCACACAGACAGCUCUUGUAUAUGCAUGGGACAUUUGUCAUCCUGAUGCCCCUCAGCCUGAUACUGAUGAUUUUUGGAGGAAUGACUGGAUUCAUCAGUAUUCUUGCCAGGGCUUACCUACUGCUCCUAAUGACAGGACUGCUUUUCCUUUUUGGAGCUCUUGUUACCCUCACAGGGAUCAGUGUCUAUAUUGCAUAUUCAGCUGCUGCCUUCCAAGAAGCUGUUUGCCUCCUGAGGAGCAAGGAUCUCCUGGUGGAAAUCGAUAUCAGGUUUGGCUGGUCCCUGGCACUGGUCUGGAUCUCCUUUGUGGCAGAAGUGCUCACUGGGGCCGUGUUCCUGCUGGCAGCAAGAGUCGUGGGUCUGAAACAGCAGCAUGAGCAGGCUUUAUGAGCACCAGCACAGCCCUGCAGAGCCUCAAAAUUCAGAUUACUUGGUCCAUCUGGUCACUAGGGUAAUAAGAGUGGCAAGGCUGAGUGUCUUGUCAGCUGUGGCAAGCCUUUUUCCUCACAGGUGGUUACAAAACACAGAGAUGGAGUAAAUCAGUAAAACAUUCCAGGUGUUGUCAAUUAGGAAAUGCUUGUGUCCUUAGAAGAAAGUGCAUUGCAGUGUUUGUAUUUCCAGAAUAAUUUCAGCUGGUGGCUCAUCAGACAUCUCUAUUCCUUGCUUAGAACAAGGCAGAUUUCUUGCUUUGUUUUCUCUUUUCUGCUGUCUCAGCAAAGUGCCUCAGAGUACCUUUCAGGCCAGAUUUUGGUUUCUCCUGAGAGCUCUAAGAAGGAUGUGGACCUGUUGGAGUGAGUCCAGAGGGGGCCAUGAAGGCUCUGAGAGGACUCAGCACCUCUGCUCUGGAGAUGGACUGAGAGAGCUGGGGAUGUUCAGCCUGAAGAAGAGAAGACUCUGGCUUUAAACCCCUCCCAACACCUAAAGGGGCUCCAGGAGAGCUGGAGAGGAACUUGGGACAGGGGCCAAGGUUGGAACUAGAUGACAUUUCACAUCCUUUCCAACCCAAGCCAUUCCAGGAUCCUGCAGUCCCACAGAUGGUAGUGGCUGUGGUGCUGAAGUCCUUGAGUGCAGGGCAGUGGUGAGUGCACUGCAAGAAAAAGAUACAGCUGUUUUCCAGAUGUUUUCACUGCCCCAAUCUCUCAAUCUACGUACUUCUCUCCUUCAGCUUAUUACUAGCUGCUUCUUCAACUCUGCAAUGCUGAUGUAUCUGAUGUAUUUUCCAGUUUUAGUUUCAGUUUUGAUGAUGCUUCUUUUUCAUGAAAUUUGUGCACAUGCUUUGUGCUAGAAUGUUUGUCUUGUGCUGAAACUGCUGAGUAAAUGAACAUGCAGGACACACGAAUUUCAUUUUGGGUGCCAAGCAAUCUAAUUUUUCCUCUGGCUAGUAGCAUUUAAGAGGACAUUUACUUCAGUGCCCACUGAAAUUACUGAAGAAAUUUCUCCCUGACUGCUGUGCUGAAUAGAGACUUGAAUGUGGUAAGAGCUCCACUCCAUUUCUGUGAGAUCAUGUAUUUCUGGAGGCCCUCAGCACACUGCAGAGCAGGACUGACUCAGGAGCUGUCAGGCACUCUGUUGUUGGGCAAGUCCCUUGAACAUUCUCCAGCAGCACAAAGGGCAUCAUUCACCUACCUCUGUUAAACACCAGAACAAUUCAUCAGUGUGUCCUGAGUUAAGGAUUGCACACCCACUCUUACCGAGCUCAGCUCUAAUCUUAGUCCCAAAUUACCAAUUCUUUGAUGAAAGAACAGUGGGAGGGAGCUCCUGAGAGCUGCCAGUCUUUGGAGAUAGAAGGGAGCAUUUUAAUGCCAUGUUGUGAAUGGGGAACUGAGCCAGGAAACUUGUCCAAGGUCACAAGGAACCAGUUUCUGAAUCCUGGGCUAAGAUCUUAUUUGUCAGAUCUUGCUUGUUAUCAGAAUUAAAUAAGGCUCAAAAUCCUGAAUGGACUGAGCAGUAGAAAUUCUGUGACUAGCCAGUAUAAUUUUGUAAUUCUUAGUUUUCAGGUAUUUUCCAUGUUGCCUUAUGUUGGGACCAUGUAAUUUUACAAGUUAAAGUAUACCAAAUCAGCUCUAUAAGAAGUGUAAGAAAAAAAUCCUUUGUAGUCGAAAUUCCAUGUGCUUAAGUGAAUUAUGUAAAAUGUAAUUCUCUGUUUUGGUGCUGGUGAAACUGUUUAUAAUGCAAUUUGUAUGAUGUUACUCAGACAUCACUGUAAGCUGUAACAGUAAAAUAUCAUCUGAGUUAUUUUUUGAAUAUUUAUUACAGGUGUUCUUUUAAAGUGGUUUUGAGUGCUGUAAAAUUAAAUAAAGUAACAUCUCAGAGUGGGAAUUAUUUACUAAGACAUGAAAGAACUAAGAUAUUUAUUUUUCUUUAACUUUUUCUACAGAUUUAUUCUGCUGUUUUUAUUAUGCUUUUCAAGUUCCUGUGUCAGAUGUGAUAGGUAUUUAAAAGAUAUUUACACUGCUACAAUAUAAAAUAUUGAAGUGAUCAAAUCUAAUUAGAAAGCAAAUGAAUCUGUUAUUGAAUUAGAGCAAUUCUCAUUUCCAUGGCUCUCCUAAAUUUCUCAUUCUGGCUUCCUGCAAUAUCUGGCACAAUGGUAAUAAAGAGUAUCUUCUGCUCCUGAAUGUUUGCAU